GAAAUCCAUUGACGUUUUUCUAGUAAUUUCUAGCAAUUUCUUUUAAAUAUACGUUUUAAUUGUGAUUUCAUUCGAGAAUUUACUGAUUAUAAUUUUCCGUUCGAUGUUUAACAGUACACUAGUAUUGUUAUAUAAUUGUAUCUAAUUAGUAUAAAGUAUUUGAUUUACUUGUAAUACACAUUUUUUGUUUUAUUGAAUUGAAGAUAACCAGUAUGUCUGAAGUGAAAAUAAAGGAGCUUCGCAGUGAUAUAGACGAGUUAAAUGAGUUACUAAAACAAGCCAAUAGGAAAAAAGUUAAAGAUCUCUUGUCACUGGAAAUUCGUAAAUUGGAGACCGAAUGGAUUAACUUGAAAGAAACCGAAAACGCUUCUAUUACUGAUGUCACAUCGUCGCCUGCUACAGCAUCGGCUUCAGCACAAAAAAGAUAUCAAAUCAAACUAAAUGGUUAUGGUUGGGAUCAGUCAGAUAAAUAUAUACAAGUGUUUGUUACACUUAAGGAUGUUCACACUGUGCCAAAAGAACAAGUUUACUGUAAACUGACAGAUAGAUCAAUGGAGUUACAUAUUGACAAUUUGGAUAACAAAGACUACUUGCUUGUUAUUAAUAAACUUCUUGAACCUAUUGUUGUUGCAGACUGUCACUGGAAACAAAAGACAGAUAGAGUUGUAAUAUUCCUGGCAAAAUCACGUCCAAAUAUCAAGUGGUCUCAUAUGACUGAAUUGGAAAAAAAAUUUGAAGACCAACGCAGCAACAGAUUCAAAACAGAAGAUGCUGAAAAGAAAGACCCACAGGAAUCCAUCAUGAGUCUUAUGAAGAAUAUGUAUGAAACUGGUGAUGAUGAUAUGAAGAGAAUGAUAUCCAAGGCUUGGUAUGAAGGCCAACAUAAGAAAAAAACUGACACCUUAGACCUGUAAACUGUGCUUAUAAUGUAUUCUUAUUUGAAAGUAAUUUCAUAGAAAACAAUUUUGAUUCUAUGUGCUGUGGAAGUGUAACCUAUUUUGUGUUAUCACUCACUGAUCUGUCUCCAGCCUUUAAAGUUUUUGAUUACCAAGAUUUGUAAAAAAUUGUCUAUCUGGAUACGCCAUCUCACCUAUUUCAGCUGUCAAAUAGCUUGUUUUGUGAGCUGUACUGUGAGAUAAGGCAGUGAAAUUAGAAUAAAUGAAAUAAUUAAGGCACAUUAUAUCUUAGUUCUUUGGAAUGGCAAUGAUAAGUAGAAUUAUGAUGAUGUGAUGUCCAUGGAGGACCACUUACAAUCAGGUGGCUCAUUAGCUUGUCUCAUUUCAGUUAGUUCAACAUUACUGGCUGCCUUGCAUGUAUGGAUUAUGUAGGACUAUUUGUGCUGCUCAUUCUUAAUUACAGCUAUUCAAUUAAGAAUAAAGAGCCUAAAUGAAUUACAUAAAUGAACCAGAGCCAUGUUUUGCGUCAUACAUGUGAAGUAACCACUAACAGAAUUUUUUCAUAAACAGAAUUUGAAUUU